GCACGUUGUUUGUCACUUGUUUGGGCAUUAGCAGUUAGCACUGAAUUCAACAAAUCUUCACAUGGCGAAUGGAUGUAAAGACGUGCUUUUUACACGCGGAACUGGACAGAGUGACGAUUCGGACAUAUGGGAUGACACAGCACUGAUAAAGGCUUAUGACAAAGCAGUUGCAUCGUUCAAGACUGCCCUGAAGGGAGAAGAUGAGAAGCAAGCCUCCAAGAAAAACCAACCAGGAAAAAAACGCAAGAACAACAAGAAGAACCAGAGCAGGAAAAGAACCAAUGCACCAUCAGAUAAAGAGUGGCAGGUGGGGGACUCGUGCUGUGCAUACUGGUCAGAGGACAGCCAGCUAUAUCCAGCCACCAUCUCCUCCAUCGAUGAGAGGAGGGGCACUUGUAUAGUUGUUUAUUCCGGCUAUGGCAACGAGGAGGAGCAGAAACUCGAAGACCUGCUGUCGGAGAUCUCUGAGGGUGAUGAGGAAUCAAAUACCAAGGUAAAUGAGGCAGAAUCAUCAACAGAGGAGAGUGACCGGUCCACCACACCAAACCAACACAAAUAUCAGCCACACAGUAAAGGCCAAAGACCCAAGACUCCAAGAGAACCACCUCCUGUGUGGGCUACUGGUUUCCCUCCGUGUCCCCCAGGCCCACCUCCAAUGCAUACUUUCAGACAGGGGGGAAGCAGGCGAUCCGGUGGUCAUGGACCUGUACCUCCUUCCUGGCCUCCCAUGAUGCCAUUUGGACCACCAAUGAUUCCUCCACCUCCACCAAUGAGCCCUGACAUGGUGGAUGACGAAGCCUUGGGCAGCGUGCUCCUCUCCUGGUACAUGAGUGGAUAUCACACAGGAUACUACCUGGGGUUGAAACAAGGACGCAAAGAAGCUGCCAAUUGGACAAAACUGCACCACAAAUGAAAUGAUCAAUCCGAGAUGUACUGUUGAGUUUCCUGUAGUGUCACAUUCAGCAGCAGCCUGUUGUGUCUGAUAUGUGUCCUUCUUGUUUCUAACUGUUCAUUUCACGUCAUGGAAGGGAGUUUUGUAUUCUUUGUAAAUAGAUGAAAUAAAGGCUAUCAGAUCAGAGUUGCUAA